GAAGGUUUAAAGUGUUAGUAAAAAAACUUCAGUGUUUGAAAUUCUAGAAAAUGACACUUUCGGCGUUUAAAAUGCGAUUUUUCCUAAAAUAAGUUAUUAAUAGCUUUCACCACACUACGAAAAAGUUUAUGGCAAACAGCUCAAAUCCUAGCUAGAUGGGCUUAACUAAAACAAAAAGACAUCUUAAUUAAUUAAUAUGGACUACGAUGAUGCAAUGAAUAGAUACCCAUUUGGUGAAAAUAAAAAGAACGUAACGUACUUGGCUGCUAUAUAAUACAGCCAAGGAGGGUCGUGUUCUAUUAUUAUGUUCAAGGGAAAUGAGAAAUACGCAAAGAAAGAGAGAUAUGAAGAUGAGAGGAUCUGAUCAGAAGAAUAUACUGAUUGUUAUGAUGGUUGUAACAGUUGCAGCGACGGUUCGAGGUGAAGACGGGUUCGUGACAUGGGGCGAUAACUACUACACAACAUGGGGACAUCCAGCUUUGGUUAUUAAUGAAACCUCUGACUCUGAGCUCCAGCUCACCCUCGAUCAUAAAUCUGGGUCCGGGUUUGAGUCCUACAAGAUAUACGGAUCAGGAUCUUUCAACAUCAGAAUCAAGGCACCCCAAACCAAGUCUACGAAAGUGACUACUUCCUUCUACCUAAGAUCCAAAUCAAGCCGUAAUGACGGGCUCUGUUUCCAGAUUUUUGGAAACGGGCCAGCGUAUUUGCUGAAUACAAUUAUAUUUGUAUACGGUGAAGGAGAUAAAUAUCAGAGGUUUCGUCUUUGGUUCGAUCCAACCAAAGAUUAUCAUUCCUAUAGGUUUCUUUGGAACCCAUAUCAAGUUGUGUUCUAUGUAGAUGAUACAGCGAUCCGGGUGUACAAGAAGAAUCCAGACAUUUACUACCCAUCGGUGCAGACGAUGUUCAUGCAUGGCAGUGUGGAAAACGGAACAAUGGUUGACCUUAAGGAGAUGUCUUACUGUUUAUUUGUAAAGCCUUUUAAAUUAAAUUUCAGGCAUUGUCAAUCAGACACAUCCAAAUUCAAGGCAGAGUUGACUAAUAUCUGUUCUCUUCAACAAAAAAGUAAACUAGCAUUCAUCUUGAAUACUCUGAGCGAAAGUCUGUAUAUUUCCUUGAUUAAUUGAGUGAAUGUACGAACUGUUAUGAAUAUUAUGGUAAUGCCAUUAUGGCAAGUCUUAAAUAUAUUCGUUUUCCAAGCUUUACUUGUUCUCCAAGUGGCUUUGUCCACAAGCUAUUGUAAUCCUAUAUAAAGGACUCAUUACUCAUGGAAUAAUACACAUCAAUUCCUCUCUUCUUUUGUCUUCUCUUCUUUACUCAAAACACGUUAUCGGCACGAAACUCUAUCGAUCUUGAGCUAAGAGGUAUAGAAUUUUUUUUUUUUUUAUGUUCUUAAUAUUUUUUCAAUCCUUCUUCAAUCCAUGUUUAUUAUCAAUUCAUGGUUGUAAGAGUGGAUCUAAUACUAUCGAUACUUAAUUGAAGUAUUAUUUAUCGAUACUAGAAUCAUGUUUAUUAUCAACUCAUGAUUCAUCAUGGUUCAUCUAUCUUAUUGAGUUUAAAAGUUUUUAGUCGAUAAUAUUGAUUUGGCCUUGUUCCAAAGAAAUAAAAUUAUUAGAUCACUUUGAUGGGAUCGUAUCGACUUUAUAAACUAAAUUCAAUCUCGUUAGUUACGAUAUUUAUAUUCGUAUAACUUUUUUUUAUUACUUGACACCAUGAAUAUUGAUAACUCGUUUGCGUAUAGUUUGUUGACUUCUGCAUAUUGUUAAUUAUUUAAUCAUACAUAUGCAUAUCGUAAUUGUUUAUUAAUACGGCAUGACUACAUAUCAAAACUAAUAGCAUAAUCACGAUUCAUAAAUCACUAUUUUCAUGCAUAAUUUAUUAGAUUUUGUUAAUCGAUUGUUACUUAUACAUCUCACAGUAUGAUUUGGCCUUUUAGUGUUGAUUAGUGUUAAUCAGAUUCACUACGUUUGUGGCUCAUAGUCAUUGUCAAAGUUUGAAUCUAUGCCAUAGUUAUAGUAUUCUUAUUUACUACGUUUGCGGCUGCAGUGCAUGUAAUAUUACGAUUGCAUAAGUCAAGGUUUACAAUUGCAUAUAGUUAUUAAUAUUGUCUUACAUGCAACGACUUGCUGCAUGUAACUAUAACCAAGAGUUAUUAAAAUAAUUUUGUGAAUAUAUUAAGAGUUGUUAGUGUUCAUUCGCACGGCUGAGUGUUUUCGAGUGAAUUAUUAUAACUCAAUCCUGUUAAUAUGGUGAAGUUACGGUUUAAUUUUUCUGCUUGGUUAAGCAUAUUGAUUUUGUUAACUAAACCUAGUUGAUUCAUUCUGACCGUAUGUGAAUAGAUAAUCAUAUACUGUUAAUAUUUUAAAUAGCUUCAUUGAGCCUAUUGUCUUACCGGUAAUUUUCCUAUUUGGUUAAAUAUUGAUUAUCAAGCCAUGCUUCAAUACAGUAUAUCUGUGAUUAAAUAUUUGGCCAGAAGCUAAUUAUUUGGUUUAAAAAAAAAAAGUGAUUCAAGUUGGUUUACAUGACUAUUAGUUUAUGUGCAUACAUGUUUUAUAUUGAUGUCUACUAACAAAUUGCCAUAUUUAUAUGAGCAAAAUUUAGUGUUGCAGAGAUUCUAACUAGCCGAAAAACAUAAAAGGCCUUAAAGAUCAUCUUUAUGUCAGAUCUUCAAUUUCUAUUUUACCUCUAUUAUCGAGAUAAGUAUUUUUUACUUAUCAUGUUUAAUAUUGAUUUAUUGUCAAGUAAAGUUUGAUUAGAUAAAUUAAUUUAUACAUGUCAUCUGAUUUUGUUUGAAUAUUCAUUGAAAGAUAGCCAAUAUUAAGAUGGUUAAUGACAUGAUAGUAAACGGCUAGUCAAUAAAAUAAUUACUACAAUAAUAUUAUCUACUUUUAAUGUAGUAAAAUACUUGUGAUAAUACAUAUCUCUAUAUAAUAUAUAUUUUAUUAUUAUAUUUCACUACCAUUAUAUAUAUGAGAGUUUAAAGCUUAAGGCUUGAUCUUAAAAGAUCCAUGAGUUUUGGAAAAAUCCAAAGAAAGGUAUAAUCACCAGAAGUGAUUAACUAAAGCUCAUUGUGUAUCUUGCAUCUAAAUGGGUCAUGUAUUAUUUUCUUUGAUUCUUCUAUUGAGACAUCCAGAAGAUUAUGUUUGCACUAAAACUAAGAUUGAGGAAUUAUUCUCAAAGUAAAUCUCUGGAAUUUUGAGACAAUAAGCAAAGGAAAUGCUAUAUACAUUUCAAAUCAGAAAUAUUUCUCAAGGCAGUAUAAGUAUUUUAGAGAUAGUAUCUAUAUCCUCUUAUAUAUUUUAAUAGACAAAGAUUAGUGUAAUGGAGAUAAAAAAAUAUAGUAAACCAGAAGUUUACAAAAUAUUUGGCAUGAACCAGUUAGACCAUUUUGGUUCAGUAAUAAUGCGAAAAGAUACAUAAAGAUUUAGGUGAAUAUUCAUUGAAGAACCAGAAGAUUCCUGCGAAUGAUUUCACAUAUGUUGCUUGCUCAUAAGAUAAAAUGGUAAUACGGUUUUCACCAGCCAAAUUAAGUUAUUGGCAUGAAUAAAGGAGAUGUUAGUGGACUGAUCACCCACUAUGCAUCUUUAUAAUACCAUUGAAUCCACUUCUUACAGUCUCUCGCGACUAUAGAAAAUCAUUGGAUAAGUGUUAACCAUUUUGAGCAACACUAAUUCGCUUCAAGCCAACAAGUAAUCAUUGGUUCUCCCCGUCAUUGGUAUUGGGUUAGAAAUCAACCAUUUUCCAUCAAAGAAUGUUGGAUGUGCGAUAUACAUUCCAUUUGCUCCACCAUAGAGCUUUAAUUAAGAUGGAUUCUCAAAUGAGGUUGGAAUUAUAUGUUGGAUAUGAAUCUUCAUUGAUACUUAAGAAUCCAUAGCCAUCCCUGAAGGAUAUAAGUAAGGCUCGAUUUGAAUGCUAAAAGUGAAUUAGCAUUUCCAACAUAAAGGGGAGAAAAUAAACAGCUGAAAAAGAAAAUAAGUUGAUAUGAGUUAUCGUUGAUCCUCAGAGUAAAGAAAAUGUAAAAUACAAGUCCAAAAGAUAAUUCAAUUAUAGUGCUUAGUAAAGCAGUUGCCAGACAAAUUUGUUGACCCCAAAUAAAUAUAGUGAUCGAGUCACAUAUACCGACUGUAAAUGCUCCAAUAAGAAUAGAUGUUCUAUAAGAACAAUAUCAAAUUGCAAGUCACGCCUGAAGCGUGGUAGACAUGUGGUUCCAAAGAUAAGAAUCCUCACAAAUGAAAAGGAGCAUAAAUUAAUAAUGGUCACGAGGAAAUAAAGUUUUUGAAUGAUCUCCAGAAGAGACAUUAAGCAUGACUGAAAGAAAUUCAGGUACCUGAGACAAUGAAGAGAUCUCAAUAAGUUUGUCAUGUAUAGAAUAAAAUGGAACGAAUAGACAAAUCGACGUCGAUGAUAUUUAUGCAUGCAAAAUAGCAGUUGAUAUGAUAAAUGAUAAAGAGGAUCAUGAAAGAAAGUCUAUUGAAAAGUCUACACAAAGAGAUGAUUGGCCAAAUCAAAAAGAAGCAAUAGACAAAGAUAAAAACUCUUGUGAAAGAGUGAGGUUUUUGGACCAGUAGUCCAAGUACUAGAAGGUGUAAAACAAGUGGGAUAUAAAUGAGUCGUUGCACCAAAGAAAGAUUAAUAUGGAAUUGAUUGUGAAGAGACAUAGUCUUAUGUGGUAGGUGCAACUACUUUUAUGUUCCUUAUUAGUCUGACAAUAAAGGAAGAAUUUGAUUAUACAAUCCACUGGAAACUGAUAGUCCCUAAGAGAUAGAAUCCCUAAAAGAUAGAAUCCCUGAAGGAUUGAUGAUAUCAAAAUCAUAUUCGAUCAAAAUAUGUUUAUGGGAUAUAUGAAAUAUUUGAAGUUAAUCAAUAUAUCUUUAUAUUUAUCAAGAGAUUAUAGAUCAAUAGAAUCAUUGAUUUGAAUAUAAUCAAAAACUCCUAAAGAGUUAUAGAAAAUUAUAUUUUGGAAGAAAGCUCUUGACAAUACAAUAUUGUCUUUAUGUAUUCCAAAUCGGAGAUCUAAAAUUAGAUGUUAUCAUAAAGAUCCUUGAAGGAUUUUAUUUAAGAUGCUCAUAUAUGUUUGGUCUUGAAGUACCAUAUUUAAAGCGUUAUUGAGCAAAUUACUAAUCUUUUUCAUAACCAAAAGAUGUAAUUUCAUAUGACAAGAAAGAAAGUCAUAAUAGUAACUUUCAUAGUUACGAAUGAGUUAUUCGUAUGUACGAGACGAAUGUCUAGACGAUUAUAUGUAAGAAGUUUGGUUUGAAGUCCAAAUAGACCAAGAAAAUAUUGUCUAUAUCAAAUAAGAAUUGUGGACCAGAAAUCUAUAGACCUUGAAUACUCUAAUAGAAAGAGUAUUACAAUAUUCUCAAUUUCAAAAGGAGAUUUCUCUGAUUGGAAUGCAUAUCCUGAAGAUAUUGCUUUCCGGAGAAGAAAUGUGAAAUAUGUGUGGUUGUACUCUUUUCCCUCAUCAUGACUUUUAUCCCACUGGGUUUUUCCAUGACAAGGUUUUAACGAGGCAACAAAGAACACACAAAAGAUAGACACCCAAAGAGAAUGUUACAAUUUGGGAGAUGAAAAUCUAUCAUUGUUCUAAAGUUUUGGAGAUAAAAAGAAUCCAAGAAAUGGUCAGAUCAUGAAGACUCAUGCACUACUGAAGAAUGGCGAAGUUCGUUUCCUACAAGUUCGUUCGAGUAAAUAUUUGGCUGUUUCAUUCACAAAGACGCUACCCCUCCUACUUUCAAGAAGCUCACUCAUCUUUUUGAACUACGUUGUCUCAAAGAUCUCGACGUAUGUACACAUGAGGGGAAGUCAUUGCACGCUGCACUCUUUUUCCUUUAACCAUGGUUUUUCCUAUUGGGUUUUCCUGGUGAGGUUUUUAACGAGGCAGCAUCUUACGCACAUAAUGGACAUCAAGGGGAAGUGAUAUGAAUAUUAUGGUGAUGCCAUUAUAGCAAGUCAUAAAUAUACUUGUUCUCCAAGCUUCACUUGUUCUCCAAGUGGCUUUGUCCACAAGCUAUUGUAAUCGUAUAUAAAGGACUCAUUACUCAUGGAAUAAUACACACCAACUCCUCUUUCUUUUGUCUUCUCUUCUUUACUCAAAACACAAACGUAUAUAAAGACAAAGGUUACGAUCACAAGCGAUCUUCCCUAUUAUUACCCGAGCAUUAUGCUAUAAAAGCAAUAUGCUUUCAUAAAUGCAAUUAAUAAAGUGAUCCUAGAGUAGUAAAUGAU